AUGUCGAGGGUAUCCUGGAGAAGCGUGUUCCCCACCGAGCAGGCCACAAACCUGGCCGUUUUUCGUCAGGAUUUUGGAUCUUGCCUCCAAGGUCACUUAGCGCAUUGGCAGCAGCUGGCGGACGCGAAGCAGUUGCUGCUGGGCGGCGCCCUGGACCCGCCGGAGGCUGCAGUGCUGGUGCUCCGAGGGAUGGAGCGGGAGAAGGUGGAGAGCCACAUCCAACAGGAUCCCUACGUGGUGAACGGCCUGGUGCCUUCCUAUGAAGUCAAGGAUUGGAACGUCGUCGUCGGAUCUGCGCUGUGCGCAGAAUAG